GUGUUUGGCAACACAAUCAUCACAAUUUAGCGUACAUUAUGUUGCCCGAAGACAAAUAUAUUCGGAAAGUGAUCCAAGGAUGCUCCGAACUGGGAGUGCAAGUCUCCGAGGAACUGGCAUCUGUAUUUUUUAAAUGCUGGUUGUUAAAUCCCACUGUGAAGAAUUUACAAAAACAGCCAUUAAAGAAUACAAUGGACAGAAUUAUAGACCAAUGUGUUCAUCGUUUAUCUGUUCAUAAGGACUCAGCCAUAUUAUGCAUUAAAAUGCAAUUACUCAUAGAACACGACUAUAAAAAUAGAGAAUUUAUCAUAAAUAAAGUUAAUGAAGAAAAUGAUCAAAAAAUUAGACCAUUAUUGAACGACAUUUUAGAUAACGUGGACCACACUGGCAACAAAAUGAGCACAUAUUAUAAAAAAAUAAUACAGUUCAUCAUUUUAUCCAACUAUAUGGGCGAUCCGACUUCACCAAUACUCAUUCAGGAAAUUUCUGAUACAUUAAAUAACGUUUUAAAUCAAACAAAAUCAUCAGAAUUUGAAAACCAAUUACAGUCUUUAAAAAUAAAUCAAUUGAAAGAAAUAUCAAACUUGAUAUGUGGCAUUUGGCUUUACAACAUGGACCGUAAAGAUAUUAGAGAAGAAACAUUGGAUAUGAUAGAUACACUUCCUAAUGCUGUUGAUUUGCUUCUAAAAAAUAUUGAUCAGGAGUUAAGAGAUAGUUAUAAGAAAGUGAUUAUGACAACUUCAUGGAUACUUCAAUGCUAUAAAGUGUACACCGAGAUUUUAGCUCCAAUAUUUGUUAUACGGAUAAAUUUUGCAACUGUUACAACAAAGAAACUGGACGAUUAUAAAACUGUAUUGGUAUUUUAUCUACAGUACCAGAAAAAUUUAGAAAUAAUCAAAAAAGAUUUAAAUAAAUUAAAAAUUGAAUUGCCCGUAUUACUCAUUAAAUUCAACACCACAUUGAAAGAAAUAAAACAAUUAAAACAUACAAAUGACUUUGGUGAGGAUACAAUCUGUCCAGAACUCAACAAUGUAACAAUUAUUUGGAGUGAAAUCAGAGGGAUUAUGAAUCACCUGAGCAUUACAUGUAAUUUAAUAUUGACCAUGAAACAAUUGACAAAUGAAAUUAAUAAUAUUAGUGAGGAUAUCAAUAAUAUGUCUAUCAUGGAUACAAUUCUAACAGAUACUGAAGAGCUGUAUACAAUUAUUGAAACAUAUCCAUUACAUCCUAUGUGUGAAUGGCAUCCACCUACAACCAGCACAGAUGAUAGAAGGAACUUAUUUGCAGAUGGAUAUUGUGUGGUCAUGAUAGUCGAAACCGAUGGAACAUUAAUAAAACAUGACAAAAGCUUAGGUGUAAUACAGUAUUCUGAUGAAUGGUUUGGUUUUGCGAGUAUUCAAGCAGCACUACAUUUUGGUACCAAACCAACAUACUAUUUGUACCACUUUUUAAACUUAGUGAGGUCUAAAACACAUUUAUUAUCAUUUUUCCACUUAUGUGAACAAAUGGCAGAAAUACAACACAAUUCCAAUGAACUGUAA